AGCAGGUCCCAGCAAGGCCAAUUGCUACAUGGAUCAAUAUCAGAAAUAUUCAACGCACAGCGAAACAGCGGACAGUGGCAAUGGCAGUGACCUGGAGAGUAACGGCGGUCCGGUCAAACCAGCUUCCAGCCUGCUGAUGACCGAUGACAGUGAAGAGAGUGGUCCCUCGUCCCUCGGUAGUGACUCCGUCAAUUGCAGCACCACGGAAUAUGUGCGUCAGGCAGCAUCCAAGCCCAGUGGACAACUGCGUCAGAGACAGAAAUCAAUGAGAAUGCUCGGAGCCCUCUUGCCGGACUCCCUGCUGCGGGAUAUAAGAGAUCGACGUGGAUCUAACGAUUAUAUUGUACAGUAUACAAGUCCCGUCGAGGUCAAGGAUAAGCCAAAAGUGAGUUUCGCAUUGGACACCGAUUCAUCGUCCAGUCGUCGCCUAUCCCGCGAGUCUCUAAGCGAAGAGAAAAUCGAGGAACUACGCGCCGCUGUACAGCGAGCCAAUUUUGUGCAAACCGCUGACGAUGAGGCACCACAAUCUCUGCCAACAACCACCAGCAACGGCACCAACGGCAACCACAGCAACUACAAAUACGCCGAUGAUCAAUACUACAGCUUUCACAUUCAUGAGCACGAGAACUUCAGCAGUUUCACAAGCCAUGGCGAUACAGAAACAGAUACGGAUUUGGCGGCAGCUAGUUUAACGGAACAACAAGAUGUCUUUGCCGGCUACCGGGAUGUCAGAUGCAGCUCCAGUUCCACACAAUCGACCAUCCGUUCGGCCAAGGGCACAGUGCGCGGAGUCAAGAAUCGUGUGCGCAAUGGAAUAGCCACAUUCUUGCAGUUCCAGCAGCAACCCAAUGCGAAGUGCUACAAAGAGAAAGAUCUGGGCAAGGUUGUACUGUACACGACCAGCAUGGGCAUCAUACGGGACACCUAUACGAAAUGUGCCAAUGUCAAGCAGAUUCUGCGCACUCUCCUGGUCAAGUUUGAGGAGCGGGAUGUAUUCAUGAGUGUCGAGUAUCAGGCCGAGAUGCGUCAACGCAUGCAGUCCACACACAUACGUGUGCCCCAGCUUUAUGUGGAGGGUCAGCACAUCGGCGAUGCGGACACGGUGGAGCGACUGAACGAGUCCGGUGAGCUGCGUCAGCUGCUUAAGCCGUACAAAUCGAUUGCCAGCACAUAUACCUGCCAGACCUGCGGUGGCUAUCGAUUACUGCCGUGCCCCUCAUGCAAUGGAUCCAAGAAGUCCGUGCACAGGAAUCACUUUACGGCCGAAUUUGUGGCCCUCAAAUGCAUGAACUGUGACGAGGUGGGCCUCGUCAAGUGUCACAAUUGCUAAACGACUGCCGAGGAUGGAAUAUCUCUAUAGUUUUUAAGCAUUUAAAUAUUGCAUUUUAUAUUCUUUUCAGUGUAUUCAAACAAAAAAACUGUAAAUUCUCGAUAAUUGUAAGCCCAGUAUAACUCAGUCAGUGAAUGAAAUAUGGGAGCGAUCAGAUAUAAUAAAUAAUGACUAGGAAAUAAAAAAUCGAAAAUAAAAACCAA